GUUGAUUUGUAUCCAACCUCUAAAAUUUCAGGAGUAAACUGCAAUGUUCCGGGAGAUGUGAUUUUCCUGAUGGACGCUUCCGACAGCAUAGACCCCGCGGACUGGGAACGGGAAAAAAAUUUUGUGGAGAUUUUGAUUGACAGUCUCACAAUUCAGCCGGAUGCGAUCCACGUCGGAAUGGUCGUAUACAGUACAUUUAUCGGAGACGUGAUCGGUUUGAAGCCGUACAAGGCUAAAUCUCGACUGAAGACCAUAGCUAGAAAUUUGACACAGCUGCGUGACGGUACGGACACUGCACUUGGUAUAGCGGAGGUGCGGAAGAUGUUCCGGCUACAAGGUCGUUCUAACACUCCACACGUCGCUAUCGUCAUCACGGACGGUCUGUCCACUAUUCCCGCCGAAACUGUCCGUCAGGCGUUUAUGGCCAAGCGAGAAGGAACAGCUAUGAUUGCUGUGGGUAUUGGGGAUCAAGUCUUCAUGGAUGAACUGAGAGAUAUAGCAUCAUCGGCUUCCACACUGUUUAAUGUCCAGGAUUUCAGAGCUUUACAAGGUCUUGUCCAGAGUCUCAGGGACAUCAUUUUAUUGGCAUGUUCCAGUCCAGCGGACGUCAUUUUUGUCAUGGAUGGUUCAGAUAGUAUCAUACCCAUGGAUUGGAUCAGAGAAAAACAGUUCGUAGCUCAACUCAUAAACAGUUUUGACAUAGGGCCGUCAGCCAUUAACGUCGGAGCGGUAGUCUACAGUUCCAUAGUCGGAGAUGUUAUUCAGUUACGACCGUUUAAAAGCAAACAGAGGAUUGUCAAUAUGAUCAUGUCUUUGAAGCAACCAAGGUUCAGCACCAACACCAAGUUGGGUAUUGCCAUGGUAAGCAUCUGUAAAUGCUUUUUGAAACUUCCAAAAGUUAAUUUAUCUAGAAUGUAA